UUUGUGCAGACACGCAGACAUCCCCGCAGUGUCCGUUUGCGCCUCCGCUCCACCUCUGCGCCUCUGGAUCCCAGGAGCGCAAAGUUGACAGAAGGUGACAGUAGGAGCCUGACUCUCCCGCCGGCAGAGAUGAUGGACGACUCCAGCGGAGUCCAGAUGGCGCGGGCGCUGAAGCAGGCAGCCCUGUGCCUGAUGCUGCUGCCCCGCUUCCUCCUGGCCGCCGUCAUGCUGUGGCUCCUGGAUUUCCUGUGCAUCAGGAGGAAGCUGCUGCUGAAGAUGGGCGACAGGCAGGACAGCCUGGACGACCCGCCGCUGUGCGUCUCCGACUCCAACAAGAUGUUCACGCUGGAGUCCCUGCGGGCCGUGUGGCACGGCCAGAAGCUGGACAUCCUCAAAUCCGCGCGCCUGGGCCAGGCUGCGCCCAACACCGAGGUGGUGCUGGUGCAGGAGCGGAGGCAGGUCCGAAUCCUGGACUGCAUGAAAGGGAAUAGACCGCUCAUCCUCAACUUUGGCAGCUGCUCCUGACCGCCGUUCAUGAUGCGUCUGGCCGCGUUUCAGCGCGUCGUGAGCCAGUACGCAGACAUUGCGGACUUCUUAGUUGUAUAUAUCGAGGAGGCGCAUCCCUCGGACGGCUGGGUGAGCUCUGACGCGCCGUACCAGAUCCCCAAGCACCGCUGUCUGGAGGACAGGCUGCGAGCCGCCGCGCUGAUGCUCACGGAGGUCCCCGGCAGCCGGGUGGUGGUGGACAACAUGGACAACUCCUCCAACGCCGCGUACGGAGCCUACUUUGAGAGACUUUACAUCGUGAGGGAUGAGACGGUGGUGUACCAGGGCGGCAGGGGCCCGGAGGAGUACCGGAUCUCGGAGCUGAAAACGUGGCUGCAGCAGUACAGGAAGGAGCUGCUGGGCUCCCAGAACGCGGUGCUCCAUGUGUAGCCGCGCACAACUUCUGCUAUUUUUGUACUGGAAAAGAGUUGAGGAUCCCUUUAUUUUUGUAUGAAAGCCAGUGUGUUGGUGCGCGUGCACGCGUGGAUUGGCGGGUGCGUCCGCGCUGAUGCUCCAGCCGGAGUCUGCGUGAAGUUCGGCUUUUAAAAGGCGCGUCCAGAGAGCCGACACUGAUGUUCCUGACUCCACCUCAGCGCAGGAUGCUCCCCCUGAUCCACGCGGGAACAAAACUGUGGCACAAACGACGCGUGACGGGGACUAGAGUUAGUUUGGUCAUUUUGUGUCUGCUUGUGUCUCUUUUGCACUUAAAAGUCUGUUCAAAAAAGCAAUUUUUGUGUGUAGAAAGAGAAUUAAAGUGCUAUUUAAAUCAAAUAAGUCA